AUGCCUCCACUUAGUCACCAGCAGCUUGCCGCCGCCGUCCUCAUGUUCCAUCGGCCAUCAAGAGUAUCGCCCAUGCAUGACGCCCGCCGUUCGCAACCUGAGUCUCGUCACUAUGGACUCCCUCACUCACCAACACUCGACAUCGCAGAUAGGUUUCCCCUCGUGGCCGUUGUCCAACACGACCCCUCUCAGCACCCGAAUGACCCACUUGGAGUUUGCCCUUGAUGCUUAGCAGCGCAUCCGCCCGAUUUGCAGUAGAUCCUUUGCGCGCCCGCUUGCUAGAACCUUGUCAGACUCGCGCUCCUUGUGCUUCCCGACAUUAGCCAGACUGCUAAUCUUCGGUAGAGAACAGAUCGUCCAGCCGCACCGCCGUCUCGUCAGACCGCGUCUGUGCCGCCUUGCGACUUCUCCCAAUCGGACCGUCCGUCGCAACCGUAGCCACGUCGACGCGCCCAACAGUAGCCCCAGCGGUCGCUACACCCAGUUCCGAAAAGUUCCACGACCUACACUCUAUAUGGUCGAGCAUACUAUCACCGGUGUCUUUAAACGACUUGUCAAAACUCGAGGGAUGCAAGAGCCGUACGCAAUUGUGGUCUUAUGGGCAAAAUCCAACAGCAAUCCUCAGAGUGUCGCUACCUACAUGAUGAAAUGCCUUGCAGAAGCAGAGAAGCGACACGACCAAGAUUACCCCCACGAACCUAUUACGCGACCGGAGGGCACCAUUGUUACUACCGAUUACGAGCCCGCGACAGGAACGGGCCAACAUCAAAAAGCGGUUUUUCGAUUCUCAAUCUCUACGUCCGCAUUCGCGUCAUACUUGGUCCAAAUGGUUCCCACACUGCCCACUUUUGAUCGUCUCGCGACUUGCUGGCACGAUGGAGACGAAUGCGUGGUGAUCAGGGUCUGCCUCGACAGCGAACGCGCAGAUGCCAUCUCAGCCCGCUUCAAUAGAGCAACACCCGACUCGCAAGGAUUGGCCGCCAAAAGUUCACGACAGAUUGAGAAUCACAUCGACCUCAUCCAAGACUCCAUACACACCAUAGCAACAAUCUAUUCCGAAGACAGACACAGGGCCGAACAAUGCCACUAG